UCUCAAAAGAGAGAGCGAGCGAGAGAGAGCGCCUCCCCUCAAAACAGACCCACCCAUCUGUGAGGCUGAGAGACCCUUCACUGAAAUGAACAGCUCAAAGGUUUGUGUUCUAAUCCCUUCUCUUUAAUAAUAUAUAAAUAAAAAAAAAUCCUCAAUUUUUGCUUCUUUUUUUCUCCUCCUUUUUUUUUUUCGUUUAUUUGACCAGAAAUAGAGAGAUCGAGAUCCUAUUUUUAUCUGGGUUCUUUGAUCCUCUCUCGAGGGGUUAUUUUUCUACACCCUCAGCUUGUUUUCCCCCCUCCCUUCUUCUUCUUCUUUUUUUCUAGAUGGAAAGAGGCUACUUCUUUUUUGUGUAAUCUCUUUCUUAUAUCUAAACUUUUAAGCGCUUAAUUUGCCUGGUUCUUUGAUUUUAUUUAAGAACAAGGUGGUUUUUUUCUUCUCUCUUUAUUUUUAUUUUUAUUUUAUAAGUCAUGGCCACAGCUAUUGAUAUGUACAAAAGAAAUAGAAAUAGGACUAGUAGUAGCUCGGUAGAUCCUCUCAAUGGGGAGCUCAUGAACGCACUCCAACCUUUUAUCAAAAGUGCUUCAAACUCCUCUUCCUCCUCUUCUUCCUCGGUUCCUCAAAUCCCCUCUUUUCCUACUUACCCAUCUCAAAAUCCCAACUUUGGGUACAUCUCUUUUGAUCAGAGUCCCAACUUUUAUCAUCAAAAUCAAACCUUUCACCUCUCCACCGGCCAGUUUGCUCUCCCCAAUCUAAGCCCAGAUCAAAUCCACCAAAUUCAAGCCCAGUUCCAGUCCCAGCAGCAGCAGCAACAUCAUCAUCUCUAUGCACCAAAUCAUGACCACCUCCACACCCAAAGGAGGCUCCUCGGGCCAAAAUCUCAGCCCAUGAAGCCCCUCCUCCCUCCGAAGCCCACGAAGCUGUAUCGUGGGGUCCGGCAGCGAUAUGUCACCCAAGAGAUCUCGCGUAGUUCGAGGCCGUUCGACGGCUCAGUCGCCCGAGCCGGCGCCGUUCAGCUGCACAAGUAUAUCAUAACCGCCUCUUUUAUUCAUGAGUUAAAUAUCAAGAUAUCAUACUGCAUGUUGCAUCCACACUUUGUUCUCCUUGUUGAAUUUCUCUCGAGGGAGUUUAGCGCUCAUUCAGUAGAGGGCCGUUGCAGUGAGGCUUAUGCCUCUACUGAUGAGCCAAUCCCUGUUCCGGUGGCUCCUCAGUUUGCUCUGGGUAUCCCGGAAGAGCUUCCACGAUUAAUACGGAAAGGAGAGCGCUAUAGUUUAUGA